GAUAUUUUUCACAAAAAGGUUUCUUAUAUCCAGCAAGAUGGCAGGUGUGGAACAGCCCUGCUAUACCCUCAUCAACUUCCCCACAGACACAGAGCCUCACAAUGACAUGCAGCUUAAGCUAGAUUUAGAAAAAGGAGAUAUAAAGAAAAAGAUUGAAGCAUUAAAGAAGACAAUUGGUAUUAUUCUAUCCGGUGAGAAGAUUCCUGGUCUUCUGAUGAUAAUCAUCAGAUUUGUGUUGCCGUUGCAAGAUCACACUAUCAAAAAGCUUCUACUGAUAUUUUGGGAGAUUGUUCCCAAGACAUCAUCUGAUGGAAAACUCCUGCAAGAAAUGAUUCUUGUUUGUGAUGCGUACAGAAAGGAUUUGCAACACCCUAAUGAGUUCAUCCGUGGCUCAACGCUGCGGUUCCUGUGCAAGCUGAAGGAGCCAGAGCUGCUGGAGCCGCUGAUGCCCGCCAUCCGUGCUUGCCUCGAGCACCGCCACUCUUACGUACGCCGUAACGCAGUGCUUGCUAUAUUCACUAUCUAUAGAAAUUUCGAGUUCCUGAUCCCAGACGCACCGGAGCUGGUGGCUAACUUCCUCGAGAAUGAGCAGGACAUGUCGUGCAAGCGGAACGCUUUCCUUAUGUUGCUGCACGCCGACCAGGAGCGCGCACUCGCCUACCUCGCCGCACGCCUCGACAACGUGCACAGCUUCGGUGACAUCCUGCAGCUCGUCAUCGUCGAGCUCAUAUACAAGGUGUGCCACGUGAACCCGUCGGAGCGGUCCCGGUUCAUCCGCACCGUGUACGAGCUGCUGAACGCGGCGAGCGCGGCCGUGCGCUACGAGGCGGCCGGCACGCUCGUCACGCUCUCCAACGCGCCCGCCGCCAUCAAGGCGGCUGCGUCGUGCUACAUCGACCUGAUAGUGAAGGAGAGCGACAACAACGUGAAGCUGAUCGUGGUGGGGCGGCUGAGCGAGCUGCGCGCGCAGGGCGGAGAGGCGGCGGCGCGCGCGCUGCCCGACCUCGCCAUGGACGUGCUGCGCGUGCUCGCCGCCUCCGACCUGGACGUGCGCCGCCACACGCUGCAGCUAGCGCUGGAGCUGGUGAGCCCGCAGCACGCCGAGGAGCUGGUGUCGGUGCUGCGCAAGGAGGCGGUGCGCGCGCAGGCCGCCGACCACGACGACGCCGCCAAGUACCGCCAGCUGCUCGUGCGCGCCAUGCACCGCGCCGCCAUCAAGUUCCCCGAGGUGGCGGGCAGCGUGGCGCCGGCGCUGCUGGAGCUGGUGGGCGACGGCAGCGAGCUGGCCGCGCACGACGUCAUGCUGUUCCUGCGCGCCGCGCUGCACACCUACCCCGAGCUCAGGGAACUCAUAUACAAGAAACUACUAGAGUCGAUAACCAGCAUCAAGGUGGGUAAGAUCGCGCGCUCCGCGCUGUGGCUGGUGGCGGAGUUCGCGGACGGCGAGCAGCGCGUGCAGGCAGCGCUCGACGUCCUCGCCUCGGUCAUACCCAUGCCUGCAACUGAUGACACUAACAAGGAGGAGGAGAAGACCGAGGAGCAGAAGACGGAGGCGCCGGCGAGACAGCUGGUGACCAGCGACGGCACGUAUGCCACACAGUCCGCCUUCAACCUGCCCACGGAGGGUGCGGAUGGUGUGGGGGGUGCGGGCAAGGGCAGCGGGCUGGGCGCGGCGCUGCGCGAGGGCGACAGCUUCACAGUGGCGUGCGCGUGCUCCGCCCUCGCCAAGCUGGGCCUGCGUCUGCCGCCGCCGCGAGCUGCGCGUGCGCUGCAUCUCUCCGCCGCGCUGCUCGCGCACCACAAGCUGCACGCAGGCAGCAACGGGUCGAGCCUGACGGCGGACGACUUGGAGCACGCGGCGCUGUGCCUGCUGGCGGGCGGGGCGCAGCCCGAGGCGGUGCGCGAGGCGCUGCUGCACGGCACGAGGCGCGCCCUCGCCGCCCUCCUCGCGCUGCCCGACCGCGCCGCCGCCACACUGCUGCCGCACGCCGAGGAACGUCCGCCGCCUGUGAAGACGAAGGUGCCGGUGGAGACGGGCAUCGUGUUCCCCGCGCUCGCCGGCGCAGCUGCGCACGCGCACCACGACAUCUUCCAGAUAUCGCUCUCCAAAGCGGUGCAGGGUCGCGUGGGGGGUGGUGGGGGUGGCGAAGAGGGUCGACUGUCGCGUGUGACGCAGCUGACUGGUUUCUCGGACCCCGUGUACGCGGAGGCCAUCGUCGCCGUCAACCAGUACGACAUCGUGCUCGAUGUGCUCGUCGUCAACCAGACCGAUGACACGCUGCAGAACUGCUGCGUGGAGCUGGCCACGCUGGGCGAGCUGCGGCUGGUGGAGCGCCCCGCCCCCGUCGUGCUGGCGCCCCGGGACUUCGCCUCCAUACGAGCACACGUUAAGGUCGCCUCCACCGAGAACGGCAUCAUAUUCGGCAACAUCGUGUACGAGGUGUCAGGUGCGUCAAUGGACCGCGGCGUGGUGGUGCUCAAUGACAUCCACAUCGACAUCGUGGACUACAUCCAGCCCGCCGUCUGCAGCGACGCAGACUUCCGCCAGAUGUGGGCGGAGUUCGAGUGGGAGAACAAGGUGUCGGUGAACACCAACAUAACUGACCUGCGCGAGUACCUCGACCACCUGCUGACCUCCACCAACAUGAAGUGUCUCACACCGGACAAGGCGCUGUCAGGUCAGUGCGGUUUCCUGGCGGCCAACUUGUACGCGCGCUCCAUCUUCGGUGAGGACGCGCUCGCCAACGUCAGCAUUGAGACUCCGCCCCCGCGCUCCGCCGCCACGUCUGCGCCUUCGCCCCAACCUGUACUGGGACAUGUCCGCAUCCGCGCUAAGAGCCAGGGCAUGGCGCUAAGUCUGGGAGAUAAGAUCAACAUGAUGGCGAAGUCUCCGCCGCCUCGCCCCGCCCCAGAGGAGGCUGCGCCCCGCGCUGACAUACCUGCCUUCCUUGAUGACUAACUACCACAUACACUAUAUUAUUCAAUACAUUUUACACAUUACGAAAAU